CAGUCCCGCAUGGUCGCUGUCAGUAGCCACUGGGAGUUUUGACUACACCCUGCCAAAGUUCUGUCGUUCUCUGGUCCGGAGGGUCACAAUGGCCAGGCAGUGGUCUGGGGGCCACUCCUCAUCCAUCCUAUGUGUUGGAGCUUCUCUGGGACCUGAGGGUGUCAUCGCUUCAGGCUCUGAGGGUGGAGAGGUGACAGUUUGGGGCCAAGGGGGAAGCAUCAUAGGCAGACUCACUCUUCCUGGUGAAGAAGACAACACAAGUGUUGUGUUUUCACCAGCGGCACCGGCACAUCUGUACGUGUCACAUGGAGACACAGUGAGUGUGCUUGACCCCAGGAACCUGAAGGGCGCUGUGGAGGAGUUUCAGGGUGCAGGGGAGGAGGAGAUCAAUGCUUUAGCUUUAAAUGAUACAGGUUCAGCUCUGGCAGUUGCUGAUGACUCUGGAGUAGUUCGUGUUCUGGAGCUUCCUGGGGGAAAAGUUUGCCGGACUCUUCGCAGACACACUAACAUCUGCUCCUCUGUGGCUUUCCGGCCUCACAGACCCAACAACCUGGUGUCUGCUGGACUGGACAUGCAGGUGAUGCUGUGGGGUCUGCAGAAGACUCGCCCGCUUUGGACACUGAACCUCCAGGAUGUAGCUGAAGAUGAAGGUGACCAACAGCAACGUCCUGGUCAGCUUUUUAACCCACCACUGGCUCACUGCGUUUCUGUGACAAGCUGUGGAAACAUUUUGGGUUGCGCAGCAGAGGAUGGACGAGUACAUCUGAUGCGGAUCGGCAGCGGCUCUAAACUGGAACAGCAUGGUGCAGUCAAAGCCCACAGUCAGGGAGCCUCACAAGCCCACUUUGUUAGUUUGCCUUCCCACCCAUACUGGCUCAUCACUGGGGGAAAUGAUGGGCAGGUCGCCCUGUGGGAUCUCAGUAAGCACCCAGUGGUGGCUCUGGAAGGAAAAGCCAAAACCAGAGUGGCAACAGCUCCACGCAGGAAGAGCAAGAGUAAGACAAAAAGGAAAGAACAAUUGCAGGAUAAAGCAAAGACCCCAGUGAAGUCUGAAGCAGAGAAAGAAGAUGCUCAAGUGGAGGAUGAAGAAGCAGCUGCAGAGGACGUGACAGACGACAGUUCUGGGCCCAAAUUAAGUAUCAGUCAUGGGGACAAGGUGAACUGGCUCUGUCCUGCUGUGCUGAAAGGAGAACAGUGUGUGGUCGUAGCUGAUCAGAGCAGCGUUCUGUCUGUCUAUCCUCUGUCUCACCUAUAGUGCCAUGAUUGUUACACCAUUUUGUUCAAGCUCCCAUUUUUUUGUGUUAUUGCUUCAAAUACCUCAGCUCUUCAGAUUGAAUGUGUUUGGAAUCCAGUCACUGUCAGUCAGUGCUUUUUUAAAUUAAGAACUUUAUCAGUGGUUUGGAAAAACUCAAGGAUAAUUAAGCUUUCAGAGCAUAUUUUGAUGGCAGCCAAGUUGGCUGAUCAUCAAAAUGAAACAGUUAAGAUUAGUAGAUGAUUGUGCAACUCCACUGUGAUAUUGUUCAUCUCAGCUGUAUCAAUUAUACCACAAGAACCUAAUUAGUUUGACUUCAUCACAUAUCAGUAACUAUUGGCUGCAGUUUAUAAAAGAAUAAAUCUGAUUUAAUGGUAUUUGCCUUGAUGCCAACUCGAGAACUUGUAAAUCAAGAUUUGAGGAUUAGGAGAUAGGACAAGGUUUGUAUCCCUGCAUGUCUGUUCUUAAUGUAAAUGGUGGUCUGUGAAAAGCUUACAGGUUUCUCCAUUAAAAUGAUGAUUUACA